AACUCCACAAUUCCACUCCCAUCGGCUUCGGAACUCAACCCUGCGUCUCGCUCCUACCUUCCCCAACUACAACGCAACGUCUCCGUUCUCUUCCGCACUUUUUGAUCGUCCGGUCACCAUUGGGUUAUUCGGAUCGAUAAUCCAGGUGCCGACAGAUGAGGGCGUUCGGUUGAGGGAGCCGGGCCUCAGCUUGUUCCUGGUGCUCUGGUUACAUGGCGUGACUCUGGAGUAGUAGUUGUUUGCCGAUUUAUGAAACGAUUCCCUCGUCGAUUUCGACCUCAGGAAGUCGAAGAGGGGAACCCUUGUGGAUAGGUUAACGAGCAUUCAAAGGAAUGGGGGGACGAUGCGAGUUCCAACUGCACAAGGUAUUAUGCGCGGCGCUGAUGAUCUGUCUCCUCGGCAAGGAUUGCGCGUCGAUUAACCUCGAAGGGUUGGCUCUAUUGGAGUUUCGUUCGAGAGUGGAGUCUGAUCCUUUCGGGGCAUUAGAGAAUUGGAGGCCCAGUGAUAGCAUCCCUUGCAAAUGGACCGGUGUUGGUUGUGUUGACGAUAAAGUCGUUGCACUGGAUCUAAAAGGAUUCUCUCUGCAAGGAACUUUGGCGCCUGAGAUUGGGAAGCUCAGACACUUGAAAGCUCUUGUGCUUUAUCAGAACAAAUUUUCUGGAGUCAUCCCUAAGGAGAUUGGAAGAUUGAGCAUGUUAGAGGUGUUGGAUUUGAGUAAUAAUAUGCUAAAUGGUACAAUUCCAAGGGAGAUUGGAGGAAUGUUAUCCCUCAAACAUCUCUUUCUCUGUGGUAACAGGUUCCAAGGAAACAGGCUGUUGAUUGUAAAUCGUAACACAUACUUUGAUCUGAUGAAGGAUCCAAACCUUUCUUGCAAUAUGGCUAAUAAUCUGAAUCAUAUAAACAGGAAGGUCAAACAUUGCUUGUGGGGGACAAGUUGGCAAAAACUGAAAAGCUCUAAUUCCCUUUGGAUCCCUAUCAAAGAGAAGAUCUUGCAAAUCUUUGACUUAUUGCCAAAAAGAGGUAUUUUUUCAAGCUUGAGACAGGAAGGGGGUGCUUCUGAUGAUCAAAUGGAUAGAACAAGUGAUGUAGCUUCUGGAUUUGGUGAGCAAUACAUUUUGACGAGUGAAGGUGUAAAAGUUGUUCGCCGUAGGUUGGCUGGAGAAACCAGGAACCUUCCUGCAGCUCCUGGAGCCAGUGGUCCUGAAGCACAAGUUGUCAGUGUCCCACCUAUUCCAAGUGGUUCAUUUCCAGCAGUACCCCUUAAACCUAAACCAAUGCCAUCUUCAUCCUCAAUACCUCCGAGCCCAUCCGCAUCUCCAUUAAUACCUCAUCCUCAGCCAACACCAAUUCCUUCUAAUUCUCUUCUAUCAUAUAAAAAUUCAUCAGGAUGGGUGUACAUACUUAUUACUUCAGUUGCUGCUUUACUUCUUGCCAUAGGAAUAUGCAUGUUUAUAGUGUAUCGCAACAAUGGGCCAACCACAAUAGGUCCUUGGAAAACUGGUUUAAGUGGUCAGUUGCAGAAGGCUUUUGUGACAGGGGUACCAAAAUUGAAUCGCCCAGAACUGCUAGCUGCUUGCGAGGAUUUUAGUAAUAUUGUUGUCAGCUUUCCAGAGGUUACUAUCUUUAAGGGAACAUUAUCAAGUGGGGUUGAGAUAGCAGUCGCCUCAACGACAAUCACAUCUGCAAAUGAUUGGUCGCAGCAUGCAGAAAUAUGUUUCAGGAAAAAGAUAGAUACUCUGUCUCGUAUAAACCACAAGAAUUUUGUUAAUCUCCUUGGUUAUUGUGAGGAAAAUGAACCAUUUAUGAGAAUGAUGGUCCUUGAAUAUGCACCCAAUGGUACACUUUUUGAGCAUCUUCACUUGGAAGAAUUUGAGCAUUUGGACUGGAAUGCUAGAAUGAGGAUAAUCAUGGGAACAGCCUACUGUCUGCAGUACAUGCAUGAGUUGAACCCACCCAUAUCUCAUCCAAAUCUCUCAUCAAGCUCUAUCCUUGUAUCAGAGGAUUCUGCUGCUAAGGUAGUGGAUGUUAAUGUUUGGAAUGAAAUUUUUGCCAAGGGAAAGACAAACGGUGACAAGGACUUUGAUCAGUCUGGAAACCAUUCUGCUGAUCCUGCAAGUAAUGUUUAUAAUUUUGGACUACUGGUAUUGGAAGUAAUUUCUGGAAAGGUUCCAUAUUCUGAAGAACAUACGCAACUUCUUAAUGCGGUUGCAGAGUACCUUAGUGGCAAUGACACUGCUAACUCUUUGAUUCAAUCCACUUUAAAAUUGCACAAAGACAAGGACCUAGAUAUCCUUUGUAAGGUAAUCCAACAUUGCAUCAAUCCUGAUCCAAGCAAGAGGCCAAGUAUGAAGGAAGUCACUAACAUAUUACGGGAGGUGAUUACAAUUUCACCUGAAGCAGCUACUCCAAGACUUUCUCCCCUUUGGUGGGCUGAACUUGAGAUCCUGUCAGUUGAAGCGAGUUGAUCUGAAAUCCGUGACAUGCUCCAAACACGAAUCCUUUUGUCCACUUAUUCACCAGCCUUAUGAUACAUUCAUAGCCCUUUGUAGUAGGUGGUUGAAUGUGCAUAUUCUUAAGGAGAUGCAUCGUCCUACUUCUUUUUAGCCAUUACUUAUGGUUAUGAACAAGGGAAGUUCUGCUGCAAUCUGCGAGUUUUGUGAGAAACUAAGGUGUGUCCAAGUAGAUCUCAUAAGAACUAAAAUAUGUAUAAUCUUCGUGUUCAAUUACUGCAGUAUGGCGCAUUCAGGACCAAGAUUUUAUGGCCGGAGUGUAUAUUCUUAAAUUCCCUUAUGAACUCGAUCUUUAAUUUGUAAAGACUAUUAGAGUGUUGUGCUUGUGGCAAACUGAAUUCUUGUUGAAGGCUACUAAAGCCCACCCGUUUGCUUGA